AUGUCACUUGAAGAUUUCGACAAUAUCGUCAGUCCUUCUGCUGCAGGAGGAUCUACUUGUGGCUACUGCAGUCCUCCAGGGGAGCGGAGCAAGGAGGAUACCAAUUACCAUGCAGCUGCUUUGGUAGCACAUCGACUAACAUGUUCAGUCUAUCAACGUAUGAUUGACAGAGGCUGGCGUCGCUCCGGAACAUACUGCUAUAAGCCUGAUCUAAAAAUCUCUUGUUGUCCGCAAUAUACGAUAAAGCUAGACGCACUAGUGUUCAAACCCUCUCGAAGCCAACGCAAGAUUAUUAAUCGGUGGAAUCGAUUUAUCAUGUACGGAGACUCAGAAGACAAUGCGAUGAAUGAGGAAGCCCCCUCGGCCACGAAUUCGCGCGUGAAACCUACCAAGUCUGCCCCGUUUACCUCGUUAGCAUCAGCUCUUCACGAGUCGGAAAUCAUAUUUUCCUCAGGGAAGAAACAUUCUCAUAAAUUUGAGGUGGAAUUGGAACCUGCAAGCUUUACUGCUGAAAAGUAUGCACUAUAUAAAAAAUAUCAACUUGGAAUACAUCAAGACAAGAAGAACACAGAGUCUGGAUUCAAACGGUUUCUUGUAGAUUCUCCUUUGAAAACUGAACCCAUUCCAUAUUCUUCCCCACCUCCGUCUCACCUUCCUGCGAAUUACGGUUCAUAUCACCAGCUUUACAGAGUAGAUGGUGAAUUGAUUGCUGUGGGUGUUUUGGAUAUCCUUCCAAGUUGCGUUUCCAGUGUCUACUUCAUGUACGACAAUAAAUGGGAGCGAUUCUCGAUGGGGAAGCUGAGCGCCUUGCGCGAAGUAACUCUUGCUCGAGAAAUCAAUGAGGCCGGUGCGCCUGAAAUGCACAGUUUGUACAUGGGAUUCUACAUAUAUUCAUGUCAAAAAAUGAGGUAUAAAGGAGAGUACUCCCCCUCCUGUCUUGCGGACCCGGUAAUUUCUACUACUCAUAUGUCACAGAGUGUUCCUGACAAGGUUACUGAAAAAUAUAGAUAUGCCUGCUUUUCACAGCCUGCCCAUUCCACCAAUAAAGAGGUAUCCCCAGAAGAGCCUGGACCGGAACCAUUACCAAGUGAUGCAGCUGAAUUCGAUGGCAUCAAGGUCCUUGUCAGGGCUCGCAGUCGUGAUAUUAUCGUAGUACCAGUCAAGGUAGAAUUGAUUCACUUUCGGCUUGAAAACUAA